AUGGCACCCAAGCGCCCAUCUCCUCUGGAUGAGCCUCCGGCGGCUUCUUCUUCCGACGAAGAGGUAGCUUCGUCUGAAGAAGAAGUAGACGGAGAAGAAGAGGAAGAAUCCGGAUCCGGGUCCGAAUCAGAGUCCGAGGAACCCGAGCCUCCAAAGGCAGCACCCACUCCCGUUGCUGCGAAGAAACCGGACUCGGCUACUGUCAAUUCAAAGCCGCAGUCUUCAUCCUCUGGCUCAGAGUCCGAGUCCGAAUCCGAUUCGGAAUUGGAUAAGGAUAGGGUGGUAAAGCCGAUAGUUUCGAAGCCAAUGGAAGAGACGCCCAAGACCAAGAAGCCCAGAUCGAAGGCCUCGGCUAUUACUACGCCGGCGGCAAGAGCCGGGUUGAAGCGGCCGAGCGAGAGCGACCCCAAGGAUUCCAAGAGGCCCAAGAAGAAGGUCACAGACCCGGAUCAGGAGCGAGAACAUGCCGGAGAGGAAAAGAAGGCGGGUGGAGACGACUCGAAGAAGCUGUUCCAGAGGAUUUGGAGCGAUGACGAUGAGAUAACAAUCUUGAAAGGCAUGAUUGAUUACUCUACCAAGAAAGGGGCGGAUCCAUAUUCUGAUAUGGGGGCGUUUCAUGAUUUUAUCAAGAAAUCGCUGAAGGCCGAUGUGAACAAGACCCAAUUGCAAGAUAAGAUUCGUAGGAUCAAGAAGAAGUAUGAGACUAAUGUGGCCAAAGGGAAGAAGUAUAAUCCUGUUAAGCCUCAUGAGCAAAAGUUGUUCGACUUGUCGAAGAAGGUAUGGGGCAGCGGCGAAGGGUCAAUUGGGCUCAGUGGGUUGUCUGAACAGUCCAAGUCUAAUGGGAAGGCUAGGACAAACCAGAAGGGUAACAAGACUUUGGCUUCACUUAAAGCUGAGCUUUUGAGUUCACCGGAGCGCCCAAAGGAGUGUGAGAAGGUGGAAUUUGGUCUGAAGCCGUCUGGUUCUGAAAGUUUGAGUGAGGUGAUUGGGUUUGAUAAGGGUUUCAGAGAGCUGGGUUUGCCGGAGGGUGUCGUGAAGCAGGGCUUGGAGUUGAUUGGAGGAGCCAAGCGAGCUGAGUUGAAGGAGAAGUGGAAGAAGCUGCAUGUUGCUGAAUUGGAGCUUUUUGUUAAAAAGAGUGAGUUGAUGAGAGAUCAGGCCAAGGUUGAGACUCCACAAGAAAACGGUGAGGAAAUUGAGACAUAUGCACGGUAUAGAUACCCAUCGAUGACUAAAACGUUGAGAGAGUUCAAGCUUCAAGUUAUAGAGGGUGAAUUUACCAAUUCUCAAAUUAUUGUGAUGUUGGGUGAGGAUGGAUCAGGGAAGACCACAUUUAUGAGAAUGCUGGUUGGUUUGUCGAAACCUGAUUCUGGUGUGGAGAUACCUGAGCUUCAUGUUUCUUACAAAAACCAGAAAAUUAAUCCAAAGCGUGCAACAAAAGUCAAAGACCUGCUUCAUGAAAAAAUUCGUGAUUCCUGUACACAUCCCCGGUUUGUGACAGACGUGAUGAAGCCUCUUCAGAUUGAGCAAUUAAUGGAUCAAGAAAUUACCAAACUCUCUGGUGGAGAGCUGCAAAGGGUUGCUCUAUGUGUAUGCCUUGGAAAGCCUGCAGACAUCUAUCUGAUGGAUGAACCAAGUGCAUAUCUUGAUUCUGAGCAGCGUAUUGUUGCAGCAAAAGUGAUAAAGAGGUUCGUCCUCCACGCUAAGAAAACUGCAUUCGUGGUUGAGCAUGAUUUCAUUAUUGCUAGCUACUUGGCAGACAAAGUUAUUGUCUAUGAAGGAAAGUCAUCAGUUGAUUGUAUUGCAAAUUCUCCAGUCUUUGUUGACUGGGAUGAAUCUCUUCUUAUCUACAACAAUUCCCCUCUCCAACUUCAAGGGUGGGACUCGACUAAGCCCCAGCCACCAAACGGGAAAGUUGUGCAAAGUUUCAGAGGGCAGGCCAUUGACAGAUACACUCUAGUCACUACUCAUUCCAAUCUUUUUGUCAUCUUCUCCUUCUUGCUUCAGCUCCAAAUACAGCUAUUACCCUCGCAUCAACCCCAGAAGAGAACUAGGCGGUCAACCCUCGAAAGGAGGAAGAAAGGCUAUGACCUUGAUGAUAUCCUUUUUAUAAGUCCUGCUUCAAAUGUUGAUCAAACUAAAGAUGGCAUCUGGAAUCAGGGGUCAAUAUAUCAAUAG